CUUCCCCGGCAGAUCUCUGAAGACCUGGGCAGCGAGAAGUUCUGCAUGGAUGCUAACCAGGCGGGGUCUGGCAGCUGGCUCAAGUACAUCCGUGUGGCUUGCUCCUGUGAUGACCAGAACCUCACCAUGUGUCAGAUCAAUGACCAGAUUUAUUAUAAAGUCAUUAAGGACAUAGAGCCGGGCGAGGAGCUGUUGGUGCACGUGAAGGAAGGAGCCUACAAUCUGAGCGCGGUGCCGCCUGGUCUGGAUGAGGAGCCCACGUUCCGCUGUGCCGAGUGUGACGAGCUCUUCCAUUCCAAGCUGGACCUGCGGCGCCACAAGAAGUACGCGUGCAGCUCAGCGGGGACCGUGCUCUACGAGGGUCUGGGCGAGGAGCUGAAGGCCGAGGGCCUGGGCAGCGGGGGCAGCAGCGACGGGCAGCCCCACGAGUGCAAGGACUGCGAGCGGAUGUUCCCCACCAAGUACAGCUUGGAGCAGCACAUGAUCAUCCACACGGAGGAGCGAGAGUACAAGUGCGACCAGUGUCCCAAGGCCUUCAACUGGAAGUCCAACCUCAUCCGCCACCAGAUGUCCCACGACAGCGGCAAGCGCUUCGAAUGUGAAAACUGCGUGAAGGUGUUCACGGACCCCAGCAACCUGCAGCGGCACAUCCGCUCGCAGCACGUCGGCGCCCGGGCCCACGCCUGCCCAGACUGCGGGAAGACCUUCGCCACGUCCUCCGGCCUGAAGCAGCACAAGCACAUCCACAGCACCGUCAAACCCUUCAUAUGUGAGGUCUGCCACAAGUCCUACACCCAGUUCUCCAACCUGUGCCGGCACAAGCGCAUGCACGCCGACUGCCGCACGCAGAUCAAGUGCAAGGACUGCGGGCAGAUGUUCAGCACUACCUCCUCCCUCAACAAGCACCGGCGCUUCUGCGAGGGCAAGAACCAUUACACGCCCGGCGGCCUCUUCGCCCCGGGCCUGCCCCUGGCCCCCAGCCCCCUGGUGGACAAGGCCAAGCCCCCCACCACUCUCAACCACGCCGGCCUGGGCUUCCACGAGUACUUCCCCUCCCGGCCGCACCCGGGCAGCCUGCCCUUCUCCACGGCGCCCCCAGCCUUCCCCGCGCUCACACCCGGCUUCCCGGGCAUCUUCCCUCCGUCCUUGUACCCCCGGCCACCUCUGCUACCUCCCACGCCCUUGCUCAAGAGCCCCCUGAACCACACCCCGGACACCAAGCUCCCCAGCCCCCUGGGGAACCCGGCCCUGCCCCUCGUCUCCGCGGUCAGCAACAGUGCCCAGGGCGCCACCACGGGCACCGGGCCCGAGGAGAAGUUCGGGAGCCGCCUGGAGGACUCGUACGCAGAGAAGCUCAAGACGCGGAUCAGCGACGUGUCAGACGUCAGCGACUUCGAGGACAUCAACACCACCACGGGGACUGACCUGGACACGAGCACGGGGACCGGCUCGGACCUGGACAGCGACGCGGACAGUGACCGCGACAAGGUCAAGGACAAGAGCAGGCCGGCUGAGGGCAAGCCCGAGCUUGGGGGCGGCUCGGCACCCCCUGGGGCCCCCCACAGCCUGGCCGAGGUGCCCGUCUUCUACGCCCAGCACGCCUUCCUCCCACCGCCCGACGAGCAGCUGCUGGCCGCGUCGGGCGCCGCAGGCGACUCCAUCAAGGCCAUUGCAUCCAUUGCCGAGAAGUACUUCGGCCCGGGCUUCAUGGGGAUGCAGGAGAAGAAGCUGGGCUCGCUGCCCUACCACUCGGUGUUCCCCUUCCAGCUCCUGCCCAACUUCCCACACUCCCUCUACCCCUUCACGGACCGAGCCCUCGCCCACAACUUGCUGGUCAAGGCCGAGCCAAAGUCGCCCCGGGACACCCUCAAGGUGGGCGGCCCCAGCGCUGAGUGCCCCUUCGACCUCACCACCAAACCAAAAGAGGCGAAGCCCGUCCUGCCCACGCCCAAGGUCCCCUCGGUGCCCGCAUCUGGCGAGGAGCAGCCUCUGGACCUGAGCAUCGGCAGCCGGGCCCGGGCCAGCCAGAACGGAGGCAGCCGGGAGCCCCGCAAGAACCACAUCUACGGCGAGCGGAAGCUGGGGCCCGGCGAGGCGCUGCCCAAGGUGUGCCCGGCGCAGCUGCCCCAGCAGCCCUCGCUGCACUACGCCAAGCCAUCCCCCUUCUUCAUGGACCCCAUCUACAGGGUAGAAAAGCGGAAGGUGUCGGACCCGGUGGGAGUCCUGAAGGAAAAGUACCUGCGGCCGUCACCGCUGCUGUUCCACCCCCAGAUGUCAGCCAUUGAAACCAUGACAGAGAAGCUGGAGAGCUUUGCGGCCAUGAAAGCAGACUCGGGCAGCUCCCUGCAGCCCCUCCCCCACCACCCCUUCAACUUCCGAUCCCCGCCCCCGACGCUCUCGGACCCCAUCCUCAGGAAGGGCAAGGAGCGGUACACGUGCAGGUACUGUGGGAAGAUCUUCCCCAGAUCAGCAAAUCUCACCAGACACCUGAGGACGCACACCGGGGAGCAGCCGUACAGGUGUAAGUACUGCGACCGCUCCUUCAGCAUCUCCUCCAACCUGCAGCGGCACGUCCGGAACAUCCACAACAAGGAGAAGCCGUUCAAGUGCCACCUGUGCAACCGGUGCUUCGGGCAGCAGACCAACCUGGACAGGCACCUCAAGAAGCACGAGCACGAGAGCGCGCCAG